AUGUUAAAAGAUUUUACAUAUCCGAUUUCAAAAAUCAGUAGGCUGGUUCAGCGAUACUUUCCUGGUCCUCAUUCUAACAUAAACAAAGGACGACUUGUAGAUCGUUUUGAGUUGGGUAUUUGGGACAGCAGUGAUGAUGCUCUUCAGAUGGCUAUAUUGUAUUUCAUUCAUACGUUUGUUUUCUCCCAACUCGGUGAUGCACCAAUUCCUAUAGAAGAUUUCUUUAUGGUAGAAGAUGGCAGCUAUAAACAGUUUCCGUGGGGACAACUUGCCUUCACGAAGUUAAUGAAAUCAUUUAGGAAAGAGUACAAACCUGACAAACAAAUGUAUCGGUUGAAUGAAUUUCCAUACGCACUUAAUAUUUGGGUAUAUGAAUGUGCGUCGGCAAUACAUAUCGAGAUAGCUGUUAGAGAAGGAAAUGGUAUACCAAGAGUAUGCAAUUGGAAAGUUGUGGGUGCAAAGCCUAAAUACGAGAUGUUUAUGGAAAACAUCUUUACUGAGAAUGAUUGUUCUAACGUGCAGCCAACUCAAGAGGAACUCGAAUCACUUGAUUUACCAAAUAAUAGUCAUGUACCUCCAAAUCGGCCAGCCACAUCAGUUGCUAAUCAGGAAGAGGUGCAACCAGACAAUGUUUCUGAUUUUGAAGAGUUUUCAUCAAAACCUCCGGAGCAACUGUUAAGGAGAUGCACACGUGUUUCUACCACAGGAUCCACACCACCCCCAAGAGAAGAAAGAACAUCAUCGGACAAUGCAAGACUCCAGGAUCUGGAGGGUCACAUUAAGUCUUAUGUUGAUCAAAAAAUUAGAGCUCUUGAGGCGUUAAUUAUAAAAAAUCAUUCUGAGUUGAUGAAAGCAGUUGUCGCGAAAGAUAACAAAAGUGAUAAGGACAUUGGUGGCAUUUCUAUGCCACAUAUAGUGGAUGAUUCAGUAGACAAAGGUAAUGUUGAUCUAGAAUCUGCUUCUGAUCAAUUAUUCCAACAACCCAUUUCACCUAUACACAUGGAUUUUGCAACUGUUGAUCACGAUGGUGAUGCAUCUGUUAUGGAGGUUGAACAACGACUUGUUAAUGAAGAAAAUGUUGCAAAGAUUGAAGAGCCAUCCAUUAAGGAUUUUGCAACUGUUGAUCAUGAUGUUGAUGCAAAUGAUGUGGAGGUUGAACAACGACAUGUUAACGAAGAAAAUGUUGCAAAGGAUCAGACUAUGGAAGAUUCAACAAAUGUUAUACCCACAAUACACCAUAGUGAUUUUUCGAUAGAAGAGUUUGUUCAUAAUAAGGAAGUGGAUUCUUCCAAAGCGGCAUCUAUUCCAUCAGGCACUGAAACAGUCAUAGAUGCAAUUGUCUACAAACUUCCAAAUGAGCCAAUUAAUGUCGCACCACUGAGUGUAAUCAUUCCUCCACAGCUAACCAACAGUGAUGAUUUUCUAUCUGAUAGCCAGCUACCCACCCAACUUCCAAUCAAGAAAUCUGCACACAAUCUUGAUACAAAGACUCCAGCUCCACGUAACAGAAUCCCUUCAAAGAUUUUGCAGUCUCCUUAUGUGAAUAUUUUUGGAUCCAGCGAUAAGGGCAAGGGGAAAAUAGACGAUGACAUUCGCCCAUAUACUCCAUUUGAAGGAUGUGGCAUCACCUACCAAGUUUUGUCACUUUUAAUGCAAGAGUAA